AUGUCUAUGGUGGAGCAUUGCCACAAUCUUGGACUAAAAGAGGUUCACAUGAAAGCUUUUAAAGAAGCUGAUGAUUUGCAGAAUAUACACUGCAAUGAGCGAGUCCAACCUUGCAAAGAGCAAGUCCCACAAGACAUCGCUUCCAGAAGUCUAAACUCGAAAAGUAUAGACUGUGGCCCGCCGGAGUUGUCGUCCACAACUGUUGCAGAUAAGAAUCCCAAUGACAUUCCUUCAAGAGAUAAUGUUAUGAUGAUUGAUGACAUGAUUAGCAGAUCUGAGAGGAUUCCUGCUUGGUGGCACACUGCGUUAACUGGGGAGGGGCAACGUUUUGAAAGUGCGAAGGAGUUAAGAUUGGCCUUGCUAUACUACUCCAUGGCCAAAAAAUUCGAAUAUGAGUUUGUGAAGAAUGAACCAAAGCGUAUUCGAGUUUUUUGCCGGUUUAAGGUAGCCAAAAAUUGCCCAUGGAUGUUAUUUGCCUCUCCGCCGAAAAAUGAAAAUAGACUUGAAAUAAAAAGGUUCGUGGACAUUCACAACUGUGGACAACAUGCUAAUAAUGCAGGUCAAUCUAGAGCCUCUCGUCAUUUCAUUGCUACCCAAUUACAACCCACGUUGAAGUGUAAAGAAAGAGCUCAAGAGCGAUUAUAUGGUGAUGCUUAUGAGUCCUACGAUCAAUUGAGAUGGUAUGUAGACGAGGUUAAGAAGACAAAUCCGGGAAGCUACAUUCAUGUUGAACAAGACGAGGGUAGGUUUACAAGGAUAUUCAUCUGCUAUGCGGCCUGCAUAAAUGGUUUUUUACAAGGUUGCAGACCACUUAUAUUUUUGGAUGGAACCUUUCUGAAAGAUCGAUUCAAAGGUAUACUAUUAAGCGCCGUAACAUAUGAUGGUAAUCAGGGGAUAUUUCCAUUGGCCUAUUGUAUCUGUGAUCAAGAAAAUAAUGUUAACUGGAAGUGGUUCCUACAAGGUCUGUGGUCCAUUCUCUAUGAAAGGUCAGAUCCAUACAACCCUCCACAUAAGCUAGUGAUAAUUUCAGAUGCAGAUAAAGGGAUCAGAGAAGCAGUUAGAGAAUUUUUUCCUGAUUCUAUAUACUCUCGCUGUGUGCUGCAUCUGGUCGAGAACUUCAGAACAAAGUUGAAGGAUUUGGGAUUCAAGUCAAAGGAUUCUUAG